AUGUUUAUGGGCCCUAAAAAGAAAAGCAAGAAAGUAAUCUCUACUAGUAGCUCCUGGUACCCCCCCUGCAAAUCCAAAUCUUGGUCAACCAUGAGACUCACAUCUACCUUCUCCGUUCUUGUAACCGUAGCUCUAUUUCUCGUUCAAGCGAGCGCCAUGCCGAUGCAGCGUGCUAAUGGAGCUGUCGAGUGGUUCAAUGACGCCGCUCCAGGUCCUUCAAGCCACAAUGUUCAUGAUUGGGGUCAUAAACGCUCCGAGCCUGGCCUUGCUGAGGAGGGCGGUGAAUAUCCGGCAAGCUUUACCGCUGACACCAGCGACCGGGACUUGAAACGGGAUGACCCGAAUGGCGCCCACGAACCUUACAAUGAUGGUUUUAAGGUUAGCCGGGCUUAA